CACUCACUGACACACACACACACACACACACACACACACACACACACACACACACACACACACACACACACACCCUUCUCUGUUGUGUCACGCUCUGCUCUGGUCUCUGUGUGUAACAAUGUCGGACUUGGAGAACUGCCUGAACACCAUCAUUCACAUCUUUCACAAAUACUCCGAGCGAGAGGGAAAAAAACACACACUGAAGAAGAGUGAGCUGAAGGAACUGCUCACACACGAGCUGCCGUCAUUCACACAGCAUAUAAAGGACCCGUCCUCAUUUGAUUCUCUGAUGGAGGGUCUCGACACUGAUGGAGACGCCGAGUGCGACUUCCAGGAGUUCAUGACCUUCAUCACCAUGGUGACCAUCUGCUGCCACAAGUUCUUCGAGCACCACCAUGAGGACGAAUGAGACGGAGAGAGAAAAGCGAGCACUGGAAAUCAAAGGAGAUUUUAUUAUUAGUUUAAUGGCAUAGAAUCACAAUUCAUAACUUAGGUUUAUUUUUGUCUUUGUGUUUCUAUUUAGUUGGCUGAUUAUUCCUGGAUUUAAGUGGGUUUGAGUGAUUUCUAUUAUUUUAUGAGUCUAGCUUGGUUUGAUUUAGUUUGACUGGUUUUAUCUGGUUCUGACUGGAUCUGACCGGUUUGGGAUACAUUAUUCUGGAUUUGUUUAAUAAAGCUAGUUUUAACUGGUUUGCUCUGACUGGUGUUGGCUGGUUUUGACUUAUGUAAUUAGUUAGAAUUAGCUUGUAUUGACUGGUUUUAACUGGUUUAAACUGCCUUACACUGGGUUGAAAUCAAAUGUCUACAAGUUCUUCUGCUGCUUUUAUUUAGCAAACUAUAUCUGAUAACUAACUGUAACUUUUCUAACCUAUAUUUAUUUUUUUAGAACAAUGACAUUAAUAAAAUGAAUGUAAUGACUGAGACGCACACUUCCACAAAUAAAAAAAAUACUUAAAAUACAUGAAUUUUAGUAAUAAUUUAUAUUUCUGUCUUCAGAGAUAUAAAACACUCCGGUCUGAGUGAGAUGAGAUUUUUCACUAUUACUUUAAAUGAAUUGAAUAAUCACAGCGUUAAUUCAUUUAGUCAGAAUAAUAAAGUGAUAAUUAUGUUAUGACUCUGUGGAAAUCCUCAUGUUUACCUUUAGCUCAGUGAGACGCUUCUGCUCCUGAUAUUAUCUAAUACACUGAGCAUGAAACACACACAGGUCCUGUACAAUUCUCCUUCAAUCCCCAUGUCAUUUCUAAUGCAAGCUUGUAAAUGAUAAUAAAAAUCAUUUCAAUACA